AAGAUCAGUACCUCAACCCCACCAGAAGUUGUCCUUUCCCAUAACACUUUACACCCUCUAAAGCCCGACACAGGGUCUCUAUGGGUCAGAAUAGACUCAGUGGCAGUAGUUUGGUUUUGUGUUUGUUUUUCAGAUUUUUCACAGGCCUUCCUGUGUCUGCGUCUGGAGUCCUCACGUGGGAAGGAAAUCAGGAGCCCCAAGUUACAUCCAGUCUUUUCGAUCCAUGGUUUCUUUCUCUGCUGAAAUACCACUGGCACAGGACAUGAGAACUCUCGUCUUUCUGCUGCUGCUGCUGCUGCUGGCAAAAACCAUGAAGGGACUGAGUGAUGAGCAUUCCCUUUGCUACAACAUCACGGUGAUGACUUGGACCAGCCCUGAACAGCCCUGGUAUGAAGUCCAAGGGCUGGUAGAUGGAAAGCUCUUUUUUCGCUAUGACAGUGGCAGCAACCAAGCUAGAGCCUUGGGAGCCAUGAAGGAGAGGGUAAAGACCACUGAAGCCUGGGAAGAUCAGAUCAACACGCUGAGACGCUUGGGACAAGAGCUCAGGAUAUGCCUAUCUGACAUUACACAGAACUACACAGCCACAGGUCCUCCCACCUUGCAGGUCAAGCUGCUUUGCCAGCAAAAAGCAAGCCAGUGUACCAGUGCAUCCUGGCAGUUCUGCAUGAAUGGGCAGCUACUCCUCCAGAUAGACGCAAUAAACAACAACUGGACAGCAGGUCAUCAUCCUGGAGCCACGGGCAUCAGGGAGAAGUGGAAGAAAAACCAAGACUUAGCAAACGAUUUGCGGAAGAACGCACAGGGAGACUGCAAUUACUGGCUUCGGGAAUUCUUAAUGUACUGGCCGGACAUGCUAGAAAUGACAGCACCCAUGGUCUCAUCCACACAUCUACCCUUCAGCACCCCAGCAGUCACUGGAUCCAGUACCCCAGCAGUCACUGGAUCCAGCAUCUCAAAAGACGUUCGAUCUGUCAUCAAAGCAGUCAGCAUCUUAGCAGUCAUCGCAGUGGUCAUCCUGUGAAAGAAGAAGAGAGGCUAAAUCCACCAGAUAUCAGCAAUAAUAUCUCUUGUUCCAUGUCCUCUUCUGAAUCCCAAUCAACAGUACUUGACUUUCAUGGUAUUUUAUAACAAAAAAAUUACUUUACUAAAAAUUGUUAGAUAACUUCCGCAUUACAUUGUCUCGCCUUUCUAUGGAAUGGACAAUAUCAUGGAUGCAGAAAAGUCACUGUUCAAAUUGGGAAAAAACAUGGCAACAUAGCAGAGGCUCUGUAAAAACAAAUGAAUUAAUAAAAACUCUCCUCAUUAAAAAAAAAAGACUUGAAAACCUAUUUUCUGAACUUCCCUGGAAGAACAAAAACCUGUACCAGAUGCUGCCUGGUAAUUCAGAG